AUGGAACAUUGUGGGAAAAAUCUUUAUCCAGAAAGCUCGUCUCCCAGUAUGGUUAUGCAGGCAUUGCAUCGAAGGGCUUCGAGGCGGCCGCAUUGGACGACCCACCGGAUUCCCGAUCGGGAGCUGGAGGCGAUGCAGAGACGCUUCGACGACGUGGUGGAGGUUGACGAUGAUGUGCUGGAAGAGGUCAGGAAGCCUUGGAAGACCUCGGCAGUGUUGAUUCGAAGCCUGGGUAGAGUCGUUCCCGCCGAAUGGGUAGUCAAAGAGCUUCGGCGAGUCAUGGAACUACCCGAGCCUCCCGAAAUCUUCCCGCUGUUGGAGGGCUUCUUCGUGGUUCGUUUCUCCUGCGAGGAACACCGGGAGAAGGCUCUGAGCUGGGGGCCAUGGCUGGUGGCAGGGCAGAUCCAUGCCAUGGAGAGGUGGAGGCCAAAUUUCUCACCCGGUGCAGGUGAGCUAAACAAAGCCAUUGUUUGGCUACGAAUGCUCGGGUUGCCGUUGGAUUAUUGGGAGGAGUCCAUUAUCCUUCAGAUGGCGGCGAAGGCCGGGAAGCCGCUGGCAGUGGACGAGAUAACAGAACAGGGCAAGAAACGAGGCUUUGCUCGGGUCAAGAUAGAGGUGGAUCUCUGA